AUUCCCACGUCAAGAUUCAUACUUGGUGCUCAGCAAAACAAGAAUCACGACAGAUCAACUUUGUUUAAAGGGUACUGACCAUGUUCUCAAACGUACUGCGUCAAAAAAUGCUGCUAACAUUCAUGUCAGUUUUAAUAAUUAUCUGGAUAAUUUUUGAAAUUUCUCAAAAUCCCACAAAGCUUCAGGCCGUUCUGAAUGCAAGCUUCUCCUUCCAUUCCUGCUACACCUCCAUGAAGUCCUUGUGUCCGGAAACGCCAGCGAAUCAGUCAAGGUUACCAACAGAGAUGAAGCUGAGAGAGGAGAGCCCUAAAAUGACGGCACCGGUCAAGUCACCGACAGAGAAAGAGCUGAGAAUCAGGGCGAUCCUGGAGAAGCUAGAUCAGCAGAUCCCUCCCAGACCCUUCACCCACCUCAACACCACCACCAGCGCCACACACAGUACAGCCACCAUCCUCAACCCUCGAGACACAUACUGCACGGGGGACAAACUGGAGGUGCUGCUGGAAGCUAGGGACUACUCUGGUCGCAGGAAGGAGUAUGGAGGGGACUUCCUGAGGGCCAGGAUAUCCUCCCCAGCCCUGAAGGCAGGAGCUUCUGGAAAGGUGACAGACUUCAACAAUGGCACCUACCUGGUCAGCUUCACUCUGUUCUGGGAGGGCCAGGUGGCCCUGUCUAUCCUGCUCAUCCAUCCCAGUGAAGGGGUGUCAGCCCUCUGGAGGGCCCGGAACCAAGGCUAUGAUAGAAUUGCCUUCAAGGGUAAAUUUGUUAAUGGCACCUCCCAGGUCUUAGUUAAAUGUGGCCUGUCCCUAAACUCAAGCACUGAACUCUGCAAAUACCUGUACAGUGGCGGUGAAGAAGUUUUCUACUGUCUGAAGCCUCAACACAUGCCCUGUGAGGCCCUGACCCAUGUGUGCACCAACCAGCAAGGUGUUUCUUUUCUUACUGACAAAGAGAAAGAUCUUUUCCAGAAGUCGAACAUAGGAGUUGAAAUGAUGAAGAACCCUAAGUUUAUUAGUGUCUCUCGAUGUAACAAGAGAGAGGAAAACAGGGGAAAGAAAUGUCAGAUCGGAACGGAGAUUCCCACACCUAGCGGUUACACUUUUCAAGGAAGAUGGGUAACAGCCCAGUGCAAGCAGAGUCUGCUGAACUCCAGUCAGAUAAAUGACUGCUUGAAAAGGAAACUCAUUUACUUCCUGGGAGACUCGACGCUGCGCCAAUGGAUCGAAUACUUUCCCAAAGUUGCAAAAAAACUGAAGCCUUUUGAUCUUCAUGGGACUGGACUAUAUAAGAAACAUGUGCUCCUGGAUGCUGAAGGGCACACUCUGGUAGAAUGGAAGAAGCACAGCCACCCGUUCAUUACGGUCAAUCUGUACUCUGUGAUAGAUGACGGCUAUAUUCCUCAGGAAAUUGACCGCUUACUAGGUGACAAAGAUACUGCCAUCGCCAUUACCCUGGGCCAGCACUUCAGACCCUUCCCCAUGGAACUUUUCAUUCGGAGAGCCAUCAGUAUCCGAAACGCUAUUGAACGACUCUUCCUCAGAGCCCCGGACACUAAAGUCAUCAUUAAGACAGAGAACAUCAGGGAGAUGUACAUAGAUACGGAGAAAUUUGGAGACUUCCACGGUUAUAUUCAGUAUCUAACCUUGAAGGACAUUUUCAAAGACCUUCGUGUGGGUAUCAUUGAUGCCUGGGACAUGACCAUAGCAUGUCACAGCAAUAUUCUCCACCCGCCUGAGCAAGUGAUUGGGAAUCAGAUUGCCAUGUUUCUAAACUAUAUCUGCUAAAGCGCCAUCCCUUGGAGCCGGUGUCCACUGGCCGUGCCGUGUGAUCCAUCAAUAAAGAUUUAUUCAGUUUAGGGUCUAAGAAAAAUCAGAUUUCAAAGAAUCAGUCUUGGAAUAGAGACACAGCUCAGUUGAAAGGGUGCUUGCUUGGCAUGCAUGAAGCCCUGGGUUGUUCUUUCAGCACCACACAAGCAGGGCAUUGUGGCACUUGCUUGUAAUUCCAGCACUCAGGAGGACAGAAGUUCAAGGUUAUCCUUAAUUACCUAGUCAGAUGGGGGGAGGGGGAGCUGAGCUAUGCGGAAAGUUUCCUUGAUUAAAAACAGGAGUCAUAAUCUCGAAAGAAUACAAACUUAAGAACAAUGACUAUGGAGAUGGGAUAUUAAGCCAAGAAAACUAGGCGUGAAGGACAAUCCCAGAAUACACUACGUUUAUCUCCAUGUUAAU